UCGCGGGGCGGGCGAGCGGCUGUAACCCCCGGGGGGGGGGACACACGGAGAAGGGCUCGGGCAGGGGGUGGGAGAUGGCCCCCCGGAGCCGCGGGCGGCUGGAGCGGAGCUACGUGGUGGGCAUCUGCUGCCUGGUGCUGCUGGAGCCCGGCCGGGCGUGGGGCGCUGAGCCCAGCCCGGGGGGGGCCCGGGGAAAGGGCAGCAACGGGAGCCAGGCACCGGCGGUGGAGGACGUGGCCCCCGCGCCCACCGAGCCCAGCCCGGGAGGGGACCGCUGCCGGGGCUACUACGACGUGAUGGGGCAGUGGGACCCGCCGUUCAACUGCAACGCCGGCAUCUACCAGUACUGCUGCGGGACCUGCGGGUACCGCUUCUGCUGCCAGUUCAAGCCCGGGCGGCUGGACCAGAGCGGCUGCUCCAACUACGACACCCCCAACUGGGUGAACACGGGCCAGCCCCCCGCACGGGUGGACGAGCCCCCCCGAGGACCCGCGCGGGACAGGACCAACAUGAUCGUCUACAUCAUCUGCGGCGUGGUGGCCGUCAUGGUGCUGGUGGGCAUCUUCACCAAGCUGGGCCUGGAGAAGGCGCAGGGCCCCCAGACGGAGAUGACCGUCUCCAGGACGCUCACCGACCUGCUGAAGCAGCCGGGCCACGGCCCCUCCGAGUACAUCGACGGCCUCAUGGGCAGCGUGCAGGUGCAGCUGGGCGAGGGGCUCACCCGGGGGUCCCCCAGGAGCAGCGCAGACAAGCUGCCCCUGAACAACGCGGUGGCCAGUGCCAGCGUCCCCCCGCUGGGGCGGCCCCACAGCCACGGCAAGCACCUGCCGCUGGCGGGCAGCCUGCCCCCCACGGCUCCCGGCUACAGCGCCUACGCCACGCUCACGGCUGGAGAGAGCAUCCCCGAGGAUUUCUACAGGCAUUUCGGGGGGCCGGAGGUGCCUCCCCCCAGCACCCUGCCCUUCCCACACGCCGAGGGGCCGGUGCUGCCCGAGGGCUGCCCCCCGCUGGGGGCCACGAAGACCAAGGGCCCCCCUAAGCCAUCGGGGGGCUGGGAGGGGGGCCCUCAGCGUGGCCCCCGCCGGCCGGGCCCCGCCACCCCGCUGUAUGGGCAGACCUCACGGCACCUCGCCACCAACAGCAAGACCGAGGUCACCGUCUGACAGCAGCCCGCGAGGAGGUGAUGAGUUGCAGCCGGUCUCAGCCCACCACGAGGACGGGCAAUGGACUUCACGCAGCGGCACGGUGCUGCCCACGGAC